GAAAUAGAUAAGACUGCAACAUGUUAUCGUAUUUACAUGUUGCAAACCGACUAUUUCAUGGUGUUGAUUAAAAUUACAUCAAUAUCAUUACAUUAAGUAAUGAACAUUGACUGCGGACAUCAUGGUGUGGGAGGUGGUGACCCCAGUUGUGCUGUCCAGCGACCCAAAAAAUCACAAGGUCCAGGAGCCCGAGCCUGAGGCAGAACACACAGGAGUGAUUAUGGAUACAGAUGGAGACCAAUCACAUGACCUGCUCCACUGUGAGGAACACUUCUCCUCCUCACCUGUCUACCCCACCAGUGACAGUUUCAUGGAAUAUGACGACCUGCCAGAUCUAGAGGAGGUUCAGGAGGAGGCAGAGCCAAUAGCACCACCUGUUUACCAGGUGGAGAUGGGUGUGUCACACCAGGAGCGACAUGGACAUUCAGAAGCACACAGCCCACAGCCUCCUGACACACACUGGCUGACGCAGCUGGCUCACAUCGCCACUGGGCCCCAGAGCCCACUGUUACAGGACUGUACUCACAGCAGCUCCUCUGUGGUCUGCAUCUCCAGCACCAGCAGUGAUCUACAUUCCUAUGCCCGGCCUCCUCCUCCUCUCCCCAGCAGCAGCAGCAGCAGCCUGUCGCCCCCCAGAGGUCACAGCAGGGAGCGUCGACGCAGCAGGACGAGCAGUGAAUGUGGCUCCGCAGUGUCAACCAGAUCCUCCCUCUCUGAUGAUGAAGACAUGGGCUGGAGCUUCUCCUGGCCAGCUACCGCCUGGCACUGUUUUCUUAAAGGCACUCAUCUGCGUUUCCACAGCGGCUGUAAUGUGGAGUGGCAGGACGCUGAGGAGUUGGAGUCUGCUGAGGAAGACUCUUGUGAUGAGGACCAGUCCAGAUCUCUGAAGGGUUAUGGCUCUGAGGGCCUGCAGCUGGUGGAGCACUCAGAGGUCGUGUUGUCUGGUCAGGCCGUCCUGCAGCUGACCUUUGACCCCGGUGCAUUUGGACACACCCGCAUGACUGCCAGGUGCCAACUUGACCACCCCUUCUAUGUGAAACACAAAGGGUGGUCAUCCUUCUACCCAAGCUUGACUGUGGUGCAUUAUGGGAUACCAUGCUAUGAAGUGGAGGUGGGAGAUGUGUGCCUGCCUCCAGGACACAGAGAUGCCAAACACACAGAUGACUCACUGGUCUUUGAUGCCUUUAGGAGUCAUGACUUCACUCCUCUGGACUCCUCUGCGGUGUACGUGUUGAGCAGUAUGGCCAGACGGCGGCGUGCCUCCCAGUCCAGCGGGGGAGCUGCUUCUCCAGACAGAGACACGUGUCAAAGUAGAGAUGUCCACAGUCCCCGCCACUCCCGCUCUCCUCAUCCAAAGCCAACCAAGAGCCAGCACGCCGGUGCACAGGGAGGUAGUAACGCCACGCCCACGAGGUGCAAGCGGCCAAUGAACGCCUUCAUGCUCUUUGCCAAGAAGUUCAGGGUGGAGUACACACAGAUGUACCCAGGCAAGGACAAUAGAGCGAUCAGCGUCCUCCUUGGUGAGCAUUGGAAGAAAAUGCGAAGUGAGGAGCGCCGGGCGUUCACCCUACAGGCCAAAGCCCUCGCAGAUGAACAGAAAAGACUCAACCCAGACUGCUGGAAACGCAAACGCACCAACUCUGGUUGUCAGGGAAAUUAAGGCUACAGAGAAGAAAAGAGGACAAAUGACAGAGCCUGUAGGAGACACACACAUGCACACACAUGCACACACACACACACACACACACACACACACACACGCACACACACACACGCACACACACACACACACACAUUCAGAAGUGACAAAGAGAGCUAUGUGUAACCUAAUACUUUGCUUCAAUAUUAUAUUUUGUUAACAACAGACUUGCCUUGAUCUCCCAAGGUGAGGAUUUAAUUCAAAUUCUCACAAACCUUGUCACGGAAAAAAACGAGCAGCAGUGUCUGCUUCUCUCAGAAAAUGUCACUCCCUUCUCUCUUGCUUUGAAAAGAUUCUGAUUUUAAGAGGAAUAAAUCAUUAUAUGUUUAUGGUAAUUAUAACAAGGUAUGAAAUGCUGUGGAGCGCCACAGCGCCUCCCUCUAGAGAGGACGCAAUUCCAAACAACACUUAAACUCAGAUCAAGUCUCCACAAAUUAUUUUACAGAACUGUGACAGUAAAAGGAAAAAAAAAACAGAGAGUCUGAUCACUUUCAGUCUCUCACCAUAUGCUUGAAACAGGUGGAGGAUUUGGUGCUGUAGCAUUUUAGGUAGAGAAUGUAGCUAUUUUCCCAAAAAUUAUAUUUUAUAUAUAAAGAAAUAUUCAAAGUAUUUUCUUGCCUGUAUUACUUGUAUUUGCACUCACAUGACAACAUAUUAACUUUGCUUUCAUGUAAUUCAUCAUGUACAAUUUAUAAUAGUUAUUAAACAAAUGUACACCGUAAAUUCUCAAAUAGGAGCCCAGGUUUUCAUUUACCUCAACAUAAGAAAGAAUCAGGCCAUUUACAGUAGGUUAUGUCCAAUUUUAAUAAUUAUUUUAUUUUAUAUUUCAACAUCUGAUCAGUGUUUGGUUUUUAAAGCACUCUGGGAGGCAGGUGCGUAGUAACGGGAUGUGGGAUCCAAUGUGGUAUUUAAAAAAAAUCCUGCACACUGUCUGACUUGCAGCAAACAACUUUUUUGCAGCGUUUCGGUCUUAGACCUCUUUUUCCUUGAUGAGGGUCUAAGACUGAACGUCGCAAUAAAGUUGUUUGCUGCAAGUCAGACAGUGUGUAGGAUUUUUUUUGAAUACCAGUGUUUGGUUUUUAACAUGAAAACAUUUCUUCAGAAUCACUUUACGUCCCUAGAAGGCUUUUAUUUUAAAAAAGGAGUUGGUUUUGACAGUUGUUCAAGAAAGCACAGGCAGACCACAUUGUACUGGUGGAGUGACUGCUGUGGAAAUGCUGAUCAUGCUAAAUUUAGCCGUUAUAGUCAAGGCAACAAUAAGAGCAUUUCCCCCUUCUGCCCUCAGACUUAACUUGUAGGGGCUUUUUUUUGAGAAUUUACGGUAAUUAAUAAGUAUUGUCACAAAGGCUAUGAAUUCACUUUACAGUAAACUGCCAUUAUAGCGCAGGCAGCAGGAUAACGUAAGGACAUGAUUUUGAUUUGUCAGCCAUCAUUUACCCCGCUGAAGUGUCUUUUAGCAGGACACUGACCCUCAGCGGCUGCAGGGCAAAUGAAAAGAUUCUCCAUAAUAUGUUACAGCUUUUGAUUUGAACAUCUUUGUGUGCCAAUGAUAACAUUUUUAGAUGUGUUCUAUCCAAGUGUCUUUGUGUAUAAUCAAAGAAACAUAAAUACAGGUGGGGUGAGGGGUGAUGAGGUUCAUGUAAAUCAAAAGCUUUAUUUAAAAAAAAAAAAAAAAAAAAAAAAGUCUUCCACUUACCCACAAGGUAAGAACCACAGUUAAACUAACUUUUUUCUGGGUAAAAAAAAACAAAAACACCAAUGACUUUACUCGGUCAAAAAUAGGAAAAGAUUAUAAAACCAGUUGUAUGAGGCAAAUCUAAAUGUUUUCAGACAGAUGGGAAGAAACAGAUGUACGGUGGCCCUGAGAGCUCAACACACAACGACUUAAGAAAACACAUGCAAACAGACAAAACACAAACAAAUUCAGAAAUCAUCUUCAUCAAUUUUACAACACGUGCUGCGAAUACUCACAACACGACCAAAUACACAAACACGCUGCAUGUAGCACAGUCGCCAACAGAAGAGUUUCCAGGGGACACGAAGUGAUGAACCUGUCUGGGACGCACUUGCAUGGAUGUACUAUAAUACCAUGCACACUAGUUCAAUGCUUUUAACUUCACAAGUAUUGAACAACAAGAGCAUCCAAGCUGGGUUCAUCACUUUUUUGUUUCCCCUGGAAACACUGUGCUACAUGCAGCGUGUUUGUGUAUUUGAUCGUGUUGUGAGUAUUCGCAGCACGUGUUGUCAGAUUGAUGAAGAUAGCUCCUGAAUUUGUUUGUGUUUUGUCUGCAUGCGUUUUUUUCCAGUUGCAGCGUGUUGAGUUAUCUGUGCCACGGUACAGAUGAGAUAAAAUUCAACCUAACGCCGAGCUGAUGUGGUCACUGAUUAACAGCUACUCUGAACAUGUGGUGGAAGUUGUUGCUAUAAAAGUGGGCUGCGUAUCAAGAUGAUCAGCAAUCAGAAAAAAAGCAUCAAUGGUUUCUGUUAAUAAGAAUGUUUUGGAUUUUUUUUUUUUGGGGUCAGAAAUACAAGAUUGUUUUUCUCAUCUCUUUGAAUGCGUUUAUGUCAACCAUGGAAUCAGCAUUUCACUCUCUAAUCUGUCACAGCUUUGGUUUGAAAGAUGGAGGAAAGUGAUGCUUAUUAAGCCCUGAGAUGUUUAGACUGCUUCUUUUAGACUGUUGUACAUUAAGAGCCCUCAGAUAUGAUGAUUAUACAAUGAGACAGCCGCGGGCCCUCGAGCACUUGUUGGGAAUUGGGCAUUGGGGUCAGACCCAAUCCUUCAGCUUCAGGGCUGAUUUCUAACCAGCUACAGUGUUUGAGACACAGACACCGUCUGUUAGCACUGGGAUGAGCUAACAGAUCUGCUAAUUCAUUAAAUAUUAUUCUUGAAAAGUAAAACCCAGCAUGAUAGUGCACAAAAUGUUAAUGAAAAAAAAUUCCCGUCUUAAAACAUGUGCCUCUGUAAAGUGAUAUUACCUCAGAUAGUGAGUAAACACCCGCAAACCCAGAUGUGUGAGGCUUAAAGGACAACAUGUGAUUGGAUGAAAGUAGUUGUAUUGACCUUCAGAGUUGUGUCCAUGCAGAGUGUGGAGGCAGGAGUCUGCUUCAGGUUUAAGUGUCUGAAAAAAUGACAUUUUUACAGAAAUGGUAAAAAAAAAAAGGAAAAAAAAGUGUGAAGUAUUUCCAGGCUGGGCACUCAUACUCUCACUGCAUAGCGAGGUUUAUUCUUAAUGCACUAUAUACACUUUAUCUUAUGUGACUGCUACAGUAUGUGUAAUGACAAAUAUUAAUAUGAUUAUAUAGAAAUAUAUAUUUUUGGUUUUGACUUCAUCUUUGUUAACCUUUCAUGGUUGUGCAUUGAUUAUUUGACUUUUGUUUGUCUUUACUAUCAUGUCAUGUACAGGUCCAUCAGGGGAGACAAUGCAAUAUUAUAUUGUAUUAUAGUAUAAAUAAAAGCAUGAUGAAUCUAUAAUCCUUUUUGUCCUGUGUCUUCACAUGUUUUAGACUGUUGAAGGAAAUUAAAGGUAUUUUCCUCUU